AUGAUGAAAUAAAUUCAAGUCUUAAAUGAACAUCAAAAAUGGGUAUUAACUUUAAAUUUCAUGUAAAAAUCAAAUUAAUUGAUAUCUGGAGAUGGACAUGGUGGUGGAUUUAUUGUAAUUUGGUCAAUUAAUAACAACAAUUAAUGGGUAUGUUCAUAAAAAAUUAUAGGACAUAGUAAUUAAAUUAAUUGUUUAAUUUUGAAUAAUUAUGAAGAUCUUUUUAUAUCUAGUAGUCAUGAUUAUACUAUUAAGUUUUGGAUUAAGAAAAAUGAAUGGAUCUGUUAAUAAACGAUUACUGAUCAUACUAGUCCUGUUUAUUAAAUAAGUUUAAAUGAUUAAUAAGAUUAAUUUAUUUCUUCUGGUAGUGAUUAUAAAAUAUUAGUAAUUAAGUAUUCUGAAUAAAGUAAAAGGUGGAUUGUUAUAUAAAAUAUAAAGAUUGAUUGUAUUGGAUUUCGAUUAUCCUUUAUCAACAAUAAUCUAUUCACGUUUUAACCCUAAAAUGCCAAUUUGAUUCAUUUCUAUGAGAUGAAUAGUGAAUGUAAAUUGUUCACUAAAUCAAAAGAUAUUACUGUAAAUUAAGGUAAUGAUAGUUGCUCAUUAUUUCCAUAAUAAUUUAUUGAAGAUAAAUAGGUAUUAGUGAGUAAACAUGAUAAAUAUGUCAAUUUUAUAAGAAAGACAGAAAAAGAUGAAUUUAAAGUUGAGUAAUCUAUUCAAUUUAAUACAAAUGCAUUAUUUGGUUAAUUGAGUGAUGAUGGAGAGUAUUUUAUUACUUGGGAUGAAUAAUCUAAAGAAAUAUAAAUUAGAAAAUAUGGAUAAGAAUGA